AUGGGCAUGCUUUUUUCUCGCAUCUUUUCUUCGCUUUUUGGGAGCAGUGAAAUACGAAUUUUGAUAUUGGGCCUUGAUAACGCUGGAAAAACAACUCUUCUCUACAAGCUUCAACUAAAUCAAGUCAUAGAGACAGUUCCAAGUAAUUUUUAAUUAGCUAUUGGAUUCAAUGUAGAAACAGUUCAAUAUAACAACCUUAAGCUUCAAGUCUGGGAUCUAGGAGGUCAAGGGACAAUAAGACCUUAUUGGCGCUGUUAUUAUCCUAACACAAAUGCAAUUGUCUAUGUUGUUGACAGCGUAGAUAGAGAUAGAAUUGAUAUUAGUAAACAAGAAAUGCUGUCAAUGCUACAAGAAGAAGAUUUGGCAGGAUGCCCAUUAUUGGUUUUUGCAAAUAAACAAGAUAUGCCUAACGCAAUGAAAGAGGCUGAAGUCAGUGACAGAUUAGGGCUUCAUACAAUUAGAAAUCGACAGUGGAGAAUUUGUGCUGCAAGUGCUAAAAAAGGUGAAGGGAUUUCUGAAGGGUUUGACUGGUAAAAAUUAUUUAGGCUUGUUACAAUGCUGAAAGGGACAUCAUAA